AUGCCGUCCAUUCACAACAGAGACAAGCCAUGGGAUACCGAUGACAUUGACAAGUGGAAGAUCGAGGAGUUCAAACCUGAGGACAAUGUCGGCGGCACCUUCGCCGAAGAAUCCUCUUUCGCAACCCUCUUCCCCAAAUACCGCGAAGUCUACUUGCGCGAAGCAUGGCCCGUCGUUACGCGCGCCCUCGAGAAGCAGGGCAUCGCCUGCACCCUUGAUCUCGUCGAAGGUUCCAUGACCGUCAAGACCACCCGCAAGACCUACGACCCGGCCGCCAUUCUCAAGGCUCGCGACCUGAUAAAACUUCUCGCCCGUAGCGUUCCCGCGCCCCAGGCUCUCAAGAUUCUCGAGGAUGGCCAGGCCUGCGACAUCAUCAAGAUCCGCAAUUUGGUUCGCAACAAGGAGCGCUUCGUCAAGCGUCGCCAGCGCAUCCUCGGCCCCGACGGUAGCACCCUCAAGGCUCUCGAGCUGCUCACCGGAUGCUACAUUCUGGUCCAGGGAAACACCGUCUCGGCCAUGGGCGGCUACAAGGGCCUGAAGGAAGUGCGCCGUGUCGUGUUGGACUGCAUGGCCAACAUCCACCCCAUCUACCACAUCAAGGAGCUCAUGAUCAAGCGUGAGCUCGCAAAGGACCCGACCUUGGUCAACGAGAGCUGGGAUCGCUUCCUGCCCAACUUCAAGAAGCGCCACACGUCCAAGCGUCGCGUUCCGCACAAGGUCACGGACAAGAGCAAGAAGGUCUACACUCCCUUCCCGCCGCCCCAGGAGAAGAGCAAGGUCGACCUCCAGAUCGAGAGCGGCGAGUACUUCCUCGGAAAGCAGGCCAAGGAGCGCAAGGAGAAGGAGAGGAGAGAAGAGGCCAUGCGGGAGAAGAUGGAGGAGAAGCGGAAGGCCCGUGCCAAGGAGUUCGAGGCUCCCAAGGAGGAUGUGGGCGGCAAGGAGAAGAAGCGCAAGAGGAAAGAGGAAGACGGCGAAAAGAAGAAGAAGAAAAAGAAGAAGGCAUCGGAUGAGAGUGAUGAUUAA